CAACUUUGGAUGAAACUUCUGAUUUGAACGAACCGAGCAGGGCGGUCGGUCGGUCGGUCGGUCGGCAGCGAGGAGGUGAAGAGCCGCAUCUCUUUAUCUCCAUAUCCGGUUCGUUGGUUUUCCUUUCUCGUCACCGGGGCCAGCGACGGGUGGCGUGUGCAGGGGACCGACGAGCGAGAGCGUUAUUUUUUCGUUUUUCCCUCUCGAAAACGAAAAACGCCGACAAGGUGGAAAUGAAUAAAGGGAAGCCGUCUCUGACGACAGUCACAUAAGUAGAGGAAACACAGGCACGGGAUUAAAGGAAGACGUAUCCUGGUCAUUGUUCAUCACUGCUGGAUGGAGAUUCCUCUCUGCCCUGACUGCUUGAAGUUGGGGAAGCUGUCAUCUGUUUGCAGCUCAUCAUAAAGCUGUCAGGCAACAUACUGCGAUCUUCAUUGCCGGUCCAGACUGAAUUGAGUCGACUUAUGGAAUGAUUCCAACGCAGACUGCCUUUUAGAGACUUCAGCUCUGAAAGCUCAGCAUCAACACAAUUCUUGCUAUCAAGCUCCAGCUACAAAAAGCCCCAAAUGUGUCCUUGAGACUUUCUCGUCACUUUACUCUCAUGGUAUUAUGUUGACUCAAGUCUAAACCCAUCAGCACCCCGUCCCCCUACCUUUCCCUCCCAUAUCCCCUCCCAUCUCCCCUCCCUGCACCAUCUCCCAUCUCCAUCAUGACCAGUCUGAAGCGUUCUCAGACAGAGCGCUCGGUUGGGGGCUCAGUGCCAGCUACUGAUGAGUUCUAUACCCGCCGCCUGCGACUUCCCAAUGGAGGGGCACCCCCACCCCGUAGUGAGAGCGCCCACAUUCCCUCCUCCUCCACCACUGGCACCAACCCUGGCGUCCCCAAGAUGGGUGUUCGGGCUCGUGUGGCUGAUUGGCCGCCAAGGAAAGAUGGGGGAGGAGGGGGUGUUUGGCAUAUUACCGUAGAAACGGACUCACCCAGCUCCACCAACACCACCAGUUCUUCUGGAUCAGGAAGUGGAGACAGAGAAAGACUUGUAGGAGGGGGAGGAGGAGGAGGGGGAGGAGGAGGAGGAGGAGGAGGAGGAGGAGGAGGAGGAUCAGGAUCAGGAAGUGGUGGUAGUUGUGGAAGUGGAAGUGGAGGGGUGUCUGCUGUCACAGCCCACAGCAAUCUGUCAGCUAAGCUCGGCCACCUAAUAAGCCCACAAGACUCAUCAAUGCUGCGUAACAUCCACAACACGCUAAAGAACAAGAUGCAAAGCAAAGGAAAGGACAAUCGCUUCCUUUCACCAGAUGGCUAUCUGGGCUCACCUCGCAAAGGCAUGAGGCGCAUCCGCCAGCGUAGUAACAGUGAUAUAACCAUUAGUGAGUUGGAUGGGGAUGGCAAUGAGGGCUGGUCUUUCUCAGGGUGGACACCCAUGCACCGUGAGUAUGGCAGCACGUCAUCCAUAGAUAAACAUGGUGUGUCAGGAGAGAGUUUCUUUGACAUGCUAAAGGGAUACCAGUCUUCUGAGGCCCCUGAUCAGCGAAGCCCAGCCCCAGAGAGGCUCACAGAGCUUCUUACUGUGGCCCCAAUAAAACAGACUGCACUUGACCUGCCAGAUGGACCUUUAGGUCCAGCCAGAGGAAGUCCUGCCAGUCGGCUAAAGGAACGAGAGAAGCACUUAAAGAGGAGGUCAAAGUCUGAGACGGGUGGAGAGUCUAUAUUCCGCAAACUACGUAGUGUGAAGGUAGAGGGUGACACAUCGAGGGCUGGCUCUGAUGCUGAAGAUGGGGGGAAGGGAGAUGAAAGUGGUCCACCUCCCAAACCCUGGGUGUGCCAGAAAGGCUUUGCCCAUUUUGAUGUUCAGUCUCUACUCUUUGACCUCAACGAGGCGGUCCAAUGUCGGCAGACUGGGGCCAAACGCAAGAACACCACAACCGGUGCCUCGGCCGCAGCCGCGGCCUCUGCUUCCGCCACGUCUUCCCUCUCCUCCACUCAGAGUGGAGUGUAUGGGUCACCCUGUGGCUCACAAGAGGAGCUGUGCAAGGAAGGGGCAGGAGGAGGACACGGUGCCAACCCUGCCUUGGACCCUGGUGACGACAAGAGCAAUGAACUAGUGCUUAGCUGCCCUUGUUUCAGGAAUGAGAUUGGUGGUGAGGGUGAGAGGAACAUCUCUCCUGCUAAACAGCAGGGCAGCAUAGGUAGUGGUGGAAGUUCAAGUAAUUCUGGCAGUACAGAGGAAGGACCGUUGGAUGCCAUCCUCAAUACCCAUUUUACCAACGCUGGUGUGGCUGUGUUGGAGGCCCCGAAGGACGGGCCAAGUCAACAUGCGGACAGGUCCAAACGAUACAUUGUGGAACAUGUUGACCUCGGCACCUAUUACUACCGAAAGUACUUCUACCUCAGAGAACACUGGAACUAUCUGGGGGUAGAUGAGAACCUGGGCCCAGUGGCAGUGAGUCUGAGAAGGGAGAAGCUGGAAGAACACAAGGAGCAUGGCCAACAGUACAACUACAGGGUCAUCUUCAGAACGAGUGAGCUGAACACCCUGAGAGGCUCCAUCGUGGAAGACGCAGUGCCUUCCACAUCCAAGCAUGGUCUCGCUCGAGGCCUGCCUCUCAAAGAGGUGCUGGAGUACCUGGUGCCGGAGCUGAAUGUUCACUGCCUGAGGCUGGCACUCAACACGCCCAAGGUCACCGAGCAGCUGAUGAAGCUGGACGAGCAGGGGCUGAGUUUCCAGAGGAAGGUGGGGGUGAUGUACUGCAUGGCGGGCCAGAGCAGCGAGGAGGAGAUGUACAACAACGACUCAGCCGGUCCGGCGCUGGAGGAGUUCCUUCAUCUGCUGGGGGAGAGGGUUCGACUCAAAGGCUUCACCAAGUACCGAGCUCAGCUGGACACUAAGACUGACUCGACGGGCACCCACUCUCUGUACACCACUUACAAGGACUAUGAGAUCAUGUUCCAUGUGUCUACCAUGCUGCCAUACACCCCCAACAAUAAGCAACAGUUAUUGCGGAAGCGUCACAUUGGGAAUGACAUCGUCACCAUUGUGUUCCAAGAACCCGGGGCGCUUCCCUUCACUCCCAAAAACAUUCGCUCACACUUCCAGCAUGUCUUUGUGAUCGUGAGGGCACACAAUCCCUGCUCCGACAACAGCUCCUACAGUGUGGCGGUCACUCGUUCAAAAGAUGUGCCAUCGUUUGGCCCGUCGAUCCCAGAGGGUGUGACCUUCCCCAAGUCCUCCGUGUUCCGGGACUUCCUGCUGGCCAAGGUCGUCAAUGCCGAAAACGCCGCUCACAAGUCGCACAAGUUCCGCGCCAUGGCCACCCGAACACGCCAGGAGUACUUGCGCGACCUGGCUGAGCGCCACACCACCAGCACGCCCAUCGACCCCUCCGGAAAAUUCCCUUUCAUCUCCCUGGCUCACAAGAAGAAAGAGAAGAGCCGGCCCUAUGUAGGGGCAGAGCUGCGCAGCCUUGGGGCGGUGACCUGGCUGGUCCACACUGAGGAUCAUGGGACCGGAACUGAGCUGGAGGCUCUUCUAUCCAUCUCCAAUGACUUCCUCAUCCUGUUGGACCGAGACGCCAAGGCUGUGGUGUUCAACUGUGCCACCAAGGAUGUGAUCGGCUGGAUGCUGAGCAGCCCUGCAUCCUUGCGGAUUUUCUACGAGCGGGGAGAGAGUGUGUCUCUGAGGAGCAUCAGCAAUAACACGGAGGAUUUCAAAGAAGUGGUCAAACGUCUAGAGCUCCUGACUAAAGGCUGCGAGACAUCAGAGAUGACGCUUCGUCGAAAUGGCCUGGGGCAGCUCGGCUUCCACGUGAACUACGAGGGCAUCGUGGCUGAGGUGGAGCCGUACGGCUACGCCUGGCAGGCAGGACUGCGGCAGGGAAGCCGGUUGGUCGAGAUCUGCAAAGUUGCUGUGGCAACACUGACCCACGAGCAGAUGAUUGACUUCCUGCGGACGUCAGUGACAGUGCGUGUUGUCAUUAUCCCACCACAUGAUGACGCCACUCCACGCAGAGGCUGCUCAGAGCUCUAUCGGAUGCCUGUGUCUGAAUACAAGAGCAGCAGCAGCGAUAGUGGCUCCUUCGAGUACAAGUUCCCCUUCCGUAGCAACAACAACAAGUGGCAGAGGACGUCCAGCAGCCCUCAGCAGUCACUGACUGCCUCGCCGCAGCCCCACACGCCCAACCGGGCCAUCAGCCUCGGCAGCUCUGUGGGGAAGACCCUGUCAGCUGAGAGGCUGGAGAGGGGCGGAGUCAUCCCACGCAGCGUAAGCAGUGAUGGGCGACCCAUGGACCCCAAAAGGAUGUCUCCAGGAAGUGAAAGCUACAGCCUGGUCUCCUCCAUGGCGUUGGGUCGUUCCCCUCACAAUCGAAGCUCCCCAAGCAACUUGUCUUGUUCCAGUGACGCCUCUGGAAGCUCUGCUCACUGGAGACAAAAGUCCAUGCCUGAGCAGUUUGCAAGCAACCGCCAUUCUCCGAUGUCUUCGGAGAGACGAGACGUGGUCAGCGAGGGAGGGUCCAGCGGAAAGUCCACUCCCAAUUGGUCGAGAACGGAGGAAGGGGGAGGAGCAGAGCGGGGGUCAACAGAGGCCCCAGUCUCCAAGUCUGGUCAAGGCUACUCCGGAGCUCCCCGCAUCCAGAGGCAAGAGCAGGUCAUCCACCUGUCCCCAAAGAAGGGAAGUCAGUCGGACGGCCCUUACUCAGGUCACUCCAACAGUAACACCCUGUCCAGCACGGCUUCCAGCGGGGCGCACAGCGACAGUGAUAAAUGGUAUGAGCUGGGAGCCGGUGGAGCCUCCAGCGGUGACCAGGGCGAGCCGGAACCCAAUGGCCUGGGCGGAGGAGGUUAUCUCCAGGGGGCCUCGGCCGACAGUGGCAUUGACACCAGCUCUUACGGAGCACCACACCACGCCCACCCGCACUCUCAUCAUGGCAGCACCACCUCCCUGCUGGCUCCGAGCGGAAGCAGGGAGAGCAGGGAGCGCUCGGCCUCUCCGUGGCACAGCCCCACCGAGGGAGGCCGCAGGAUGCUGGAGAGGUCUCCUGCUGCUGCCGAGUCCCCCGGCCCCCCGGGAGAACGGAGCAUGGACGGGACCGGCCGAAGCCCACCCACUCACCUCCUCGUCAGAGAUAGCAGCACCUUCAGUCUGAGUGAUACUGGAUCACACUCAAGUGCCAGGCACUCAGGUCACAGCUCCCCCAGGGAGGAGUCCUCGUCCUCGACCACCUCCCCGUCAUCCCAGUCGUCUGUGUCCCCUGGGCCCAAGAGCUUCUACCCACGCCAGGGAGCUCAGUCCAAGUACCUGAUUGGCUGGAGGAAGCCAGGCUCCACCAUCAACUCUGUCGACUUUGGAGACACACGCAAGAAGUCUCCAGGAGACGGUGGAGUAGAUGUUAUUCCAACGCCUGCAGCCAGGCCUUCUCUUCGGGACAUGCACUCGCCCCAGCCUCAUGCUAAAUCCACGAUGGAGGAAGAUGUGAAGAGGCACGGUGCCCCAGACAGCCCGCCACCGCCGCGCAGACACAAGGAAAAGCACGGACAGAAAUCACCACAGGGCCAGCCUCUCAGCCACCGCCGCUCGCUCCAUCGCACGCUGUCAGACGAGAGCAUCUAUCGCGCACAGCGCCUUCCCACCCUGAGCGACUCGGUGACUGAGCCGGCACUCAGCGCCGAUGUUCUGUUCAGCUGCUCCACCCUCCCGCGCUCACCCACCACCCGUGGCGUGCCCCUUCGACGGCCCUCCUAUAAGCUAGGGGUCAAACUCCAUGGUGACCUUUCGGCAUCUGACACGUCACUGGUGGAUUUGGUGGAGCGUCACCGUGGACCCCUACCACAGGAGCUGAUGCCCCUCCCCUCUUCAGACAGGGACAGUCCGAUGGAGUGGACACACUUGGUGGAUGUGGCCAGCACCUUUGAGAGUGAUAGAAACACACACUACGUUCAGAGAAGUUAUGUGUUUGGGGAUUCAAACCACCGGAGCAGUGGCGCCUCCAGUCCACAACAGCCUCACAUAGAGCUGCAGCCUGCUCCUAUGUCUCGCCCCUCAUCUAGCGAGGGUCACAUCGGGCUGGAGAGGAAGGUGACCAAACUGGAGGCCAUUGUGAAGAUGCUCCAGGAGGAUCUAAAGAAGGAGCGUGAGGAGAAGUUGCGGCUCCAGACUCAGAUCAAACGGCUCUGGGAGGACAACCAGAGGCUGCAGGAGGAGUCACAGACGUCUGCUGCCAAGCUCAAGAAGUUCACCGAGUGGGUCUUCAACACCAUCGACAUGAACUGACACACUCGGGCACGUUUUAAUAACUCGCACAUGCACCCACACGACUUAAUACAUCAGCACACACACACACACACACAAGUGUGUAAAGAAGUGGUGACUUGUUGUUUGACUCAUCAAGCCGGAUGCUGAAUUCCUCCCUCUAAUCUUCCAUCGACUUCAAUCUUCAGGGGAUUCAUUGCCAACCAGUCUCAGUUUCCACUGACCCUCUGUUAAACUUCUCAGGAUGAGACCCAAGAAAAAGAAAAAAAAAAGGGUUUUAAUCAGAUUAUGAAGGAUUGACCUCUGCCCCCCCGAUGGGACCAUGAGAGCAUGGCUGAAUUGACCUUUCUCUCAUCUUGCCGUGCCAAAAUCAUUUCUGCAAAAAUAACCGACCAAGAGAAAGCAGCGCUCCUCCCUCCUUCUUUCUGAAGAAGUCCACUUUGCCUUUUCCAGUUAUUCCCUCUGCCAGUGGACACAAUUCUCUUUUUAAGACGACUUACAAGAGACAUCUGGUCUUUUUUGUUUGUUUCCUCCUCCUUCACUUUUUCAACUACCUUGUUCAGAUGGUUUUUUUGUGCCGAAUCGAACCCACCACAGCACGGGGCUGCCGACCCUUCCAGGUGACCUCUGGGAGGAAGUUUCAAAGUCAAGACAGGUACACGACACAUCUGCCGGCCCAGCCACUAAACCGACACACACAAGAUCCAUCUAAAGCCACAAGACCACUGGACACAGGAGAGGAUUUAAUUUCCUCUUACAUGUAAAUGGAGAGUAAAGAAGUUUGGCACCUGUGGGGGUUUUUUUUUUCUCGGCUCGAAGUUCAAACCUCUGAAUUGACUUCGUGGCUGUUUGUCCGUCAGCCACUCAGGUGAAGGCAGGUCGAAUCUGGAAAAUCUGGAUUUUUAAAUUUUUUUCAUUUCUUCUCCUCUUUGUCUGCCAGAUCUGGAUUACAACUAACCCAACACCUGACGGAGGAGCAUAUUUAAUAAGCCAUCGGCAGCGGUGCCAUAAAACAAGACUGAUAUCCAGAGUGCUUUGGUCCAUUCCAGUUGUUCAUGUCUUAAAAGCAAUAGGACGAAGUCAGGUCUUUCCCUCACAAACAGGGAGAGUUUGCUCUCGGAAGAAGAUUGGAUUCGGGUUGAGGUGUUUUUUUAAACGUAAAACUUGCACAAGAACCUCCAUCUUUUUCAUCAUGCUUCGGGCAAAAAAGGAGGAGAAAAACAAAGAGGACACCACUCAUCAUUCCACUGACUGGAAUACAGAUAUAAUAAAUGACAGAGACAUUUUGGAAGGGAAAAGUGAAGGGUUUUUUUUUCUCCUUUUUUCCUCGGGUUAAUUUAUUUCCUUGUAUUAUAAUUCCAAUAAAUAAGUUGUUCUCUUCGUACAGUACAACUGAGAUCAGUGUUUAGUUCCUGAAGAAAAAAGGUCACUAGCUAUAUAUUAUUUAAAUGGCUUUCGUUCUUAAUUCUGGCUGAAGCCAGAGUUAUGAUGCUUUUUAUUCUGUGUUCUGUUGUAUUCUGUGGUGCCCAAGUCUGCUGUUGUGUUGCUUACAGUGCCCUCUAGUGAUGACCAGUGGAAAUGUCAUGGUUAGUUAGUGUGCCGCCAGUCACUGUAUUUUUCCAACGCCUCCUCGGCAGUGAGUCGGACAUGGAGACACACACACACACACACAUGGUCGCUCACACACACACAACAGGAGGAACAAUUAGAAGCCAGCUUCAUGAGACAAUCAGAGGUUGAUUUUUGAUAAUGGGAGCAGACGACAUAACGUAUGUGUGUGUUCUUAAAUUCAAAGAUCUACAGUUUUGCUCAGGAUCAGGCUUUGUUGGGAAUGAGGAGAGAGGAACUUUUUCCAAAGGAAUUCAACAAAAAAUGACUUUUAUGGCUAUAAAAUUAUAGCCAUAAUAUAAAUUACUCAUGGUAAAGGGAGCCACAGUACUUGUGCUGUGUGUGUGUGUGUGUGUGUGUGUGUGUGUGUGUGUGUGUGUGUGUGUGUGUGUGUGUGUGUGUGUGUGUGUGUGUGUGUGUGUGUGUGUGUGUGUGUGUGUGUGUGUGUGUGUGUGUGUGUGUGUGUGUGUGUGUGUGUGUGUGUGUGUGUGUGUGUGUGUGAGAGAAUGUUCAUCAGUCUAUCCAGUCGUGCCUACACUCAUUUAUUUUGGUCAUUUACUCCCAGGCAGAGCAGCGAUGUGCCUUUGAAACAGCACCUGGGAAAUGGAUAAAGGGAGGGACUCUUCUUCCUCAUUCUGAAAAAUGUACCUGGUAACACACACACACGCACACACAAUCAAAAUCAUAUUCACAGUUACAGACGCAGCCUCAUAAAUGUUUGUUUGGAGCGGCAGCUUUUCUUUUUUUCAGAUGAACAUCUUACUGAACACAAACAAACCUGGCAUCCUGGAGAUACAGGGACAAGAGUGUGUGAAGUGUACGAAAAAUUGUGUGUGCGUGUUGUGCGUGUGUGCGUGCGUGCGUGCGUGUUGUGCGUGCGUGCGUGCGUGUGUGUGUGUGUGUGUGCGUGCGUGUUCAGAAUACAUGCAGUAUAUUAUUCAGGCCAGUUGUAAUAGGAGUGUAAAGUACAGUAAGAACUACUUACAAACACAAGCAGAUUAUUUCCUCAUUCAGGUGUCGAACACUACAAGAGUGUCGGGUUCAUUUCAGGUUACUAACAUGAGCGUGCACACGGAAGCUGUUGUUCACAACGGUGGCGUGAGCCUUAAUUCCCUGUCUUCUACCAUCAAAGAUGAAAAAAAAAAAAAAAAAAACAUUCCCAGUUUUUGAAGUAAAUUUGCGUCCUAAAUCGAUGCGGUUCAAACGCUGCAGCACGAAGCGGCGCCCGAUCUGAAUGUACAGAGAGAAUAAACAACCCUAAAGAAAAAUGUGAUGUUACUAUAAUGUGGAUUCAGCUCUGUAGUUUUUGCAGGGAGAUGAGUGGAAACAAAAAGGAUGUAGAGGAGUCGGUUCUGUUUUAAGAAUCUCACCUGAGUCGUGGACGGUAACUGCACCAGUGGAGUCUUAAUAGAUUGAGCGUUUGCUUGGUGGUGAUUGAUUUGGUUUUAAAUAUUUCACAAGUUGUGAUUAAGCAGUAUAAUACUCAUCCAAUAAUGUGAAAAACCUCAAACAUUCACAACAAGAUGAUUCAUGCAGGCAGAAAUGUGUUCCAUCCGUAGAUUUCUAUAUGUAAAUCGUUUGCCAUGAACACUGGUUUCCUGUCCAGAUCUAUGUCGAUGCUUCAAUGAUGAGUAUUAGAUAAUGUUUCGUAUUUUUCCUGUACAUUGAAAGUGCUCUAGUUUUUGUUUUUUUUGUAUUUCUAAUGGAGUAUGGCCAAAUGACAAACUGUACAGUGCAGAUGUUUUAAUCGCAUCUUUAAAAAGUGUGUCAUCUAGUUGGAUACAGACGUCAACCUUAGACAAAGACGUAAACACACACACACACACACACUCCGGUCCUUAUAAACUUAUUUUAAAAUGCAGAGAGUGUUUUUUUCUUUUUUCUUUUCUUCAGCUUUGUUUUUGUGGCUUUUUAAGAAGGACGUGGGGAAAAUGUGAAUGUGCAGAUGUUCAGAUGUUCCAUUUUGUAAUCUCUUGUUUUUGAGAUCCUUUGCACAAGGUUUUAUAAGGGAUCGUGUUUUACAGGUUUUGGAUGUAAGAAGGGAGCGUAUUGAUCCACUCCUGUGCAAUCUUGUCUCGGUGUUGCUCUGUAGUUUCCUUGCCAGCGCAGGUUCCUGACGGAGGGAGAAGAUAAAAUUGAACCCCUCCUCUUCUUUAGGCAUCGCUGAUCAGACGAGAGCAGACCGGGCGUUGUUUGUCCUGUAGGGAUGCAGGGUUUUCAGUCGAGCACAAUUCUUUGCCAGGUCAGUGAAUGCAUCAGGGGGGAGGAAGGCUGCACAAAGCUCGGAGUCGCCGCCGUGUCAUGAUGUGUUUCAUUUCCUCCUGGCGGAAGAACAAACUUUUUCAAAAGUCAUGCGAUCAGCUCUGACCCUAAGUAAAGCACAACAUGAUUUCAAGAGGAAUAUUUUAUAUAUAUAUAUAUAUAUAUAUAUA